AUGCAGUUCUCCGUCGCCACCAUCUUCACCACGGUCCUGGCCGCCGCCUCGGCCGCCUCUGCCCUCGCCAUCCAGCCUGCGCACCUCGAGACCCGGGGACCCAUCGUCACCAUCGUGGAGGAGCCCGCUGUCGACAGGCGCGGCGCGGCUGCUUCCGUCGCCAGUGCCGCCGGCACCGAGGCGGCCAAGCAGGCGGCCAAGAUGGCGGUGCAGGCCGUCGCGGAUCUCAUCAGCAACAUCAUGAAGUGGAACAGCGCCCGCCAGACCUUCACCAAGGAGACGGUCAAGCAGAUGAUGGACAACAACAAGGACCCGACCAUUGUGGCGGCCGCCUGCUACAACAAGGGCUACAGGCUCCAGAACGAGCAGAACAUCGACGGCAAGACCAGCGUCAACUUCAAGCUCGGCGCCCUCCACACCAACUACGACUGCAUGUACCUCAGGGCCCCCAACGCCUUCUGGACCGACAGCGACGGUGGCUACCAGAACCUUGCCUACCGCUACACCAAGGCUUGCAGCUUCGACUCCGAAACCGGCGACCUCACCUGCAACUAA